AUGAAGUUUUUUCUUCAAUAUUUAAAAAGUGGAAAAAGAAUUGGUGACUAAGGUGCAUAAGGCUUAGGCUCCGCUUUAGCAAAUUACACUAAUCUCUAAAAUUUGGCACUUGAGCUUUAUGGAAUUGGAGCAUCAAGCUUAGGUUUAGCUUUAGCAAAUUGUACUAAUCUCUCAGAUUUGACACUUGAUCUUAGCUAAUUAUAAUUAGUUAUUUAUUUUUUCUUCAAUACUUAAAAAGUAGAAAUAUAAUUAGUCCAAUUGGUGCCUUAAAAUUAUGCUCGUUUAUAAAAUUGUACUAAUCUCUCAAAUUUGACACUUGAUCUUGGAACGUAUUACGAGUAGUAAAAUUAUUUAAUUAUAGAAUAGCAUUUAUAAAAUACCUAAGCUAUUACAAUUUAUGGAUAUUUUUAAGCAAGAAACCCACAAUUUAAUGCAAGUAAUAAUGAAAAAUCUAUAAUCACCAAUGUACAUCAAACUUAUAUCAAAGAAAUUUCCCACUUUAAUAACUCUUUUUAAAUACCAAAAAAUAAAGAAAAAUCAAUAAAAUAAGUAUUAAAAUUUAGUAAGGAUUGA